GUUGCGGGGGCUCGGCGCUCCGCACCGCCCGGCCCCGCUCGGCCCCGGCGCCAUGAGCAGCGGUGGCGGCGGAGGGGGCUCGGCGCCCAGUCGCUUCGCCGACUACUUUGUCAUCUGCGGGCUGGACACCGAGACCGGGCUGGAGCCGGACGAGCUGUCGGCAUUAUGCCAGUACAUACAGGCUUCUAAAGCCAGGGAUGGUGCCAGCCCUUUCAUUUCAAGUACGACUGAAGGAGAAAAUUUUGAGCAGACACCACUGAGACGAACAUUCAAGUCUAAGGUCCUUGCACGAUAUCCUGAGAAUGUAGACUGGAAUCCCUUUGACCAAGAUGCAGUGGGAAUGCUGUGCAUGCCCAAGGGGCUGGCAUUCAAGACCCAGGCUGAUCCCAGGGAGCCUCAGUUCCAUGCCUUUAUUAUCACAAGGGAGGAUGGCUCUCGGACAUUUGGGUUUGCCCUCACAUUUUAUGAGGAGGUGACUAGCAAGCAGAUCUGCAGUGCAAUGCAGACCCUCUAUCACAUGCAUAAUGCUGAGUAUGAUGUCCUCCAUGCUCCCCCUGCUGAUGGCCGAGACCACAGUGGCAUGGAGGUUGGUGAAGGCACUCCUGGGACCAAGCUGCAACGCUUCAACUCCUAUGACAUUAGCCGGGAUACACUCUAUGUCUCUAAGUGCAUCUGCCUCAUCACACCCAUGUCCUUCAUGAAAGCAUGUCGGAGUGUGCUGGAACAACUUCACCAGGCAGUCACUUCACCUCAGCCUCCUCCACUGCCCCUUGAGAGCUACAUAUACAACGUACUGUAUGAGGUGCCACUCCCACCUCCCGGCCGGUCCUUGAAAUUUUCUGGGGUCUAUGGGCCAAUAAUCUGCCAGAGACCAAGCACCAAUGAGCUUCCCCUAUUCGACUUUCCUGUCAAAGAGGUCUUUGAACUGCUUGGGGUGGAGAAUGUGUUUCAACUUUUUACUUGUGCCCUUCUGGAGUUUCAAAUCCUGCUCUACUCACAGUGGACAAAUCAUAAGAGUGUGCUGAUUCCUCUCUCUUCACCACUCAGAGAUUACCAGAGACUGAUGACUGUGGCGGAGACAAUUACAGCUCUCAUGUUUCCUUUCCAGUGGCAGCAUGUCUAUGUUCCUAUUCUCCCGGCUUCUCUCCUACAUUUCUUAGAUGCUCCUGUGCCGUACCUGAUGGGCUUGCAUUCCAAUGGCCUGGAUGACCGGUCAAAGCUGGAGCUGCCUCAAGAGGCUAACCUCUGCUUUGUGGACAUUGACAACCACUUCAUUGAGCUGCCAGAGGACUUGCCUCAGUUUCCCAACAAAUUGGAGUUUGUCCAGGAAGUCUCUGAGAUUCUCAUGGCAUUUGGCAUUCCCCCUGAAGGGAACCUUCAUUGCAGCGAGAGUGCCUCUAAGCUGAAGAGGCUCCGGGCCUCUGAGCUUGUUUCCGACAAGAGGAAUGGGAACAUCGCAGGCUCCCCUUUGCAUUCCUAUGAGCUCCUCAAGGAGAAUGAAACAAUUGCCCGCCUGCAAGCCUUGGUCAAGAGGACUGGGGUGAGCCUGGAGAAGCUGGAAGUACGUGACGACCCCAGCAGCAAUAAGGAUCUCAAAGUUCAGUGUGAUGAAGAAGAACUCAGGAUUUACCAGCUAAACAUUCAGAUCCGGGAGGUUUUUGCAAAUCGUUUUACUCAGAUGUUUGCAGAUUAUGAGGUGUUUGUCAUUCAGCCCAGCCAGGAUAAGGAGUCUUGGUUUACCAACAGGGAGCAGAUGCAAAACUUUGAUAAAGCGUCUUUUCUGUCAGAUCAGCCUGAGCCCUACUUGCCUUUCCUCUCAAGAUUCCUGGAGACCCAGAUGUUUGCUUCUUUCAUUGACAACAAAAUCAUGUGUCAUGACGAUGACGAUAAAGAUCCUGUGCUCCGGGUGUUUGAUUCUCGAGUAGACAAGAUCAGGCUGUUGAAUGUUCGGACACCUACUCUGCGCACAUCCAUGUACCAGAAGUGUACCACUGUGGAUGAAGCAAAGAAAGCAAUUGAGCUGCGACUGGCAAAAAUUGACCAUACUGCAGUUCACCCCCAUUUACUUGACAUGAAGAUUGGACAAGGGAAGUAUGAACCGGGCUUCUUCCCUAAGCUGCAGUCUGAUGUGCUUUCCACUGGGCCAGCCAGCAACAAGUGGACAAAAAGGAAUGCCCCUGCCCAGUGGAGGCGGAAAGACCGGCAGAAGCAGCAUACAGAACACCUGCGUUUAGACAAUGACCAGAGAGAGAAGUACAUUCAGGAAGCCAGGAACAUGGGCAGCACCAUCCGCCAGCCCAAACUAUCCAACCUCUCCCCGUCAGUGAUUGCCCAAACCAACUGGAAGUUUGUAGAGGGUCUGCUGAAGGAAUGCCGGAACAAGACCAAGAGGAUGCUGGUGGAGAAGAUGGGCCGAGAGGCUGUGGAGUUAGGGCACGGAGAGGUGAACAUCACAGGGGUGGAAGAGAACACCUUGAUUGCCAGCCUUUGUGACCUCCUGGAAAGGAUCUGGAGUCAUGGGCUACAGGUGAAACAGGGGAAAUCAGCCUUGUGGUCCCACCUGUUACAUUAUCAGGAAAACCGACAGAGAAAACUCACAUCAGGAAGCUUCAGUACCUCAGGAAUAUUUCUUGAUUCAGAACGGAGGAAGUCCGAUGCCAGCUCAGUCAUGUCUCCCCUGAGAAUCUCCCUCAUUCAGGAUAUGAGGCACAUCCAGAACAUCGGAGAAAUCAAGACUGAUGUGGGAAAAGCCAGAGCAUGGGUACGACUGUCCAUGGAGAAAAAGUUACUCUCCAGACACCUGAAGCAGCUUCUCUCAGAGCAUGAGCUCACCAAAAAGCUAUACAAGCGCUACGCCUUCCUGCGCUGUGAUGACGAGAAGGAGCAGUUCCUCUAUCACCUCCUCUCUUUCAAUGCCGUCGAUUACUUUUGCUUCACCAAUGUCUUCACAACUAUCUUGAUUCCUUACCACAUCCUGAUCGUACCAAGCAAGAAGCUGGGUGGCUCCAUGUUCACCGCCAACCCAUGGAUCUGCAUAUCAGGAGAACUGGGUGAAACACAGAUCCUGCAGAUUCCCAGGAACGUGUUAGAGAUGACCUUUGAGUGCCAGAACUUGGGGAAGCUCACCACUGUGCAGAUAGGCCAUGAUAACUCUGGGCUGUAUGCCAAGUGGCUGGUGGAGUAUGUGCUGGUCAGGAAUGAGAUCACUGGACAUACCUAUAAGUUCCCAUGUGGCCGGUGGUUGGGGAAGGGCAUGGAUGAUGGAAGCCUGGAGCGGGUCCUGGUUGGGGAGCUGCUCACAUCCCAGCCCGAGGUGGAUGAGAGACCGUGCCGGACCCCGCCCCUGCAGCAGUCUCCCAGCGUCAUCCGGAGGCUCGUUACCAUCUCACCCAACAACAAGCCCAAGCUGAACACUGGGCAGAUCCAGGAGUCCAUCGGCGAGGCAGUCAAUGGCAUCGUGAAGCAUUUCCAUAAGCCUGAGAAAGAGCGAGGUAGUCUGACGCUACUGCUUUGUGGAGAAUGUGGCCUUGUCUCAGCCCUGGAACAGGCUUUCCAGCAUGGAUUUAAAUCACCGCGGCUCUUCAAAAAUGUUUUCAUUUGGGAUUUCUUGGAAAAAGCACAAACCUAUUAUGAGACUUUGGAGCAGAAUGAACUUGUCCCUGAGGAAAACUGGCAUAUGAGGGCCCGGAACUUCUGCCGAUUUAUCACUGCGAUCAACAACACUUCCCGGAACAUCGGCAAGGAUGGCAAGUUUCAGAUGCUGGUGUGCUUGGGAGCCAGAGAUCACCUCCUACACCACUGGAUUGCCCUGCUGGCUGACUGCCCCAUCACCGCACACAUGUAUGAGGAUGUGGCGCUGAUCAAAGACCACACACUUGUCAAUUCCUUGAUCCGCGUGCUGCAGACACUGCAGGAAUUCAACAUCACGCUGGAGACCUCCCUUGUCAAGGGCAUCGACAUCUGACCUCCCAGCACCAGCUAGCAGCAGGACCCAGAAACUCGCCCUGCAGCUCUGACCCUUCUUCCCAAAGGGACUCAAGCGAGUUGUGCAGGAGAUGGAGAGAUGUACACUCACUGUAAAAAGAAAAGUAGAGGAUUUUUGGAAUAAAUAAUCUAUUUUAGAGUUUAUUUGCCGAUUUGCUUUUUACACACUUUCAUGUGAAAGAGUGAUAGGGAGAGGGAGACGAGGUUGGUGCCGCUUAUUUUGAAGCUGGUGCCCUCCCUCGCCGUGGCCGUGGCCACGCGCUGCAGCCUGCGGCCUCCCUGGACUGAGCCUGCGGAGUACGGGGCAGUUCUGCUUCCUCGCUCCGCAGCGUUAAUGAGGCCAUUCCACAUUGUUUUUAAACUAAUGUUUUCUAUAUUAACAUUAUUAUGGAUAUUUGGCUUUCACGGGCCACACACAGGUGUGCUGAGCAGGAAGCCCCAGGCUCCAAUCAAAGGGAUUUUUAGUAGUGCCUCUACAAGCACUGAUGAGUCAGCCCCACGUCUUUUCUUUUUUUGUCAGUAUUAUUUGGGAAGGAGACAUGCUGGGAUGUUUCAUCGUGCAGAAAAUCAUGUUUCCUCUUGGCACGCAGUUGCACAGAAGUAAACAUAAGCAUGUUUUAACAGGUUUUCCUUUUCUUUCUUUUUUUUUUUUUUUUAGUAUUAUUUAUUUAAUCCUCCAUUGUGUGUUUUAAGUCUGUCUUUUUCUUUUUUCUUUCUUUUUUUUUUUAAGGAGAGAAAAAGCUUGUCACAGUCUAACUGGCUAUGUUAUUAUUGUUAAAUUUAUGUUGUUUUGCACUUAGAAACCAGCUGCAGUAUGGCCCAUUUAAUAAACACCUAAAACAAAA